AGAAGGAAAAAAUAAACACAGUGAAGGGUUAAGAGAGAGAGACAGAGAAAGGUAAAGUAAGAAGAACUCUCAAGUUCUUUUGCUUUCCCUUUUGUGUGGUUCAUUCAUCUCUCAGUCUGGUGCUAACUUCAUUCAUCACCUUUAAUCGAUUAUUUUCUCUCGGAAGAAGAAGAAGGACAAGGGUUUCAAUUACGACGGGGAAAAUCUCCCUAAGCUACCAACUUUUUUUGCUCGGAAAAAAAAUGGUUUGAUUUUCGGGGAUGAUGAAAUUUACAGGUGGUAGUAGGAGUGUUUUGCUAACGUUGGUACUGGCCAUGGCUUUUUAUCUGACUACCGUAUUGUGCCUUUGAUGAAACUAAGUAAUGCCCCGGGGCAAGUUAGCUUUGGGCUCUUUAGAGACUGUUUGUUGGCUUAAGGGCUGUUUGGUGCAUCGCUUCUUGUUAUUUAUUAUCUGGUUAUCGAGCUUCCAAGAUGUAGCUGCACAUUAUAACGUUAAUGAGCACAGUAGCAGAUCAACCACCUCUGAGUUGGCAAAUCCUCCUGGUAUUGGAGUAUCCGGUCCCAUUGAAGUAUCGCCGUCCGUCAUCCCAAAAUAUGCAUCCCCUGCUUUACCUUGGACACCACCAAUGUACCCUACUUUCCCUGAUACAUAUGAACCCAAGUUAACUGGGAAAUGUCCUGCAGACUUUCAAGCAAUUUCAAGUGUCAUCGAUACAGCAGCAUCUGAUUGUUCCCAACCGUUCGCUGCUCUUGUUGGGAAUGUGAUAUGUUGUCCACAGUUUGUUAGCCUACUUCAUAUUUUCCAAGGCCAGCAUAACGUGAAGUCAGAUAAGUUGGUUCUGCCUGAUGCAGUUGCUACAGAUUGUUUUUCAGAUAUCGUUAGUAUCCUGGUCAGCAGAAGAGCCAACAUGACAAUACCUGCACUUUGCUCCGUAACAUCGUCAAAUCUAACUGGAGGUUCUUGUCCAGUACAAGAUGUCACAACGUUCGAGAAAGUUGUUAACAGUAGCAAGUUACUGGAUGCCUGUCGCACUGUUGAUCCUCUUAAGGAGUGUUGCAGGCCAAUUUGCCAAGCUGCGAUUAUGGAAGCUGCGCUUAUUGUUUCAGGACAUCAAAUGACAGUUGGUGAUAAGAUCCCUUUAGGAGGAUCAAAUAACGUCAACGCAAUUAACGACUGCAAAAAUGUGGUGUUUUCAUAUCUUUCGAGGAAGCUCCCAGCAGACAAAGCAAACGCAGCAUUUCGAAUAUUAUCGUCCUGCAAAGUUAACAAAGCUUGCCCCUUGGAAAUUAAGCAGCCAACACAAGUGAUCAAGGCUUGCCGUAAUGUGGCUGCUCCAAGCCCUUCUUGUUGUAGCUCGUUAAAUGCUUACAUUUCUGGGAUACAAAACCAAAUGCUAAUAACAAACAAGCAAGCCAUAGUCUGUGCAACAGUCAUCGGUUCUAUGUUACGGAAAGGUGGUGUCAUGACAAAUAUCUAUGAGCUUUGUGAUGUCGAUCUCAAAGAUUUCAGUGUCCAAGCAUAUGGAAUGCAACAAGGUUGUCUUCUCAGAAGCUAUCCCGCAGACUUGAUAUUUGACAACACAACAGGGUACAGUUUUACAUGUGAUUUGACGGAUAACAUAGCUGCGCCAUGGCCAUCUUCAUCGUCAAUGUCUUCUUUGUCUCUCUGUGCUCCUGAGAUGUCAUUACCUGCCUUGCCAACAUCUCAGACUCUUAAAAAUCACGGGUUUCGCUACCGUGCGUUUGGAGCGUUGCGUCUCAUAAUCAUUUGGGUGUUUCUUCUGUAUGGUGUUGUGAGACAUUAAAAUGAGAUUUAGGAGGUUUUUUUUUUCUUUUUCUUUUUGGUGGUAGUCAGGUGAGGACUUUGGAUAAAACAAUGGCAAUCUCAUAUUUUGUAUCUCUCUUCUGUAUAUGUUUGGUUAACAGGGUAAGGGUAAUAUAUGUAGUAGUAAUAUCUUCUCAGUCUCAUCAUGUAUAGCAUUUUUCUCU